AUGGGGAAGCUCUUAAAUUCUUAUUUGCUCUUCAUUUUCAGCGAAAUUCUCCUCUCUGCAGGUUUUCAAGCUUAUGCAGUGGACUAUGACUAUUCAUUCACCGAUGAGUGCUUGGAAAAGCCACAUAGGCCUCAGUAUAAGGGUGGAAUAGUUGUGAAUCCAGAAUUACAUGAUGGGUUUAAUGGUUGGAAAGCCUUUGGAGGUACCGUAAUAGAACAUAGAGAAUGUGGCAACAACAAUUACAUUGUCGCUACCAAGAGAAGUCAUUCAUUUGAUAGUGUUACUCAGACAUUUGAUCUUGAGGAAGACAAAAUCUAUACCUUUUCGGCGUGGUUACAAGUAAGCGAUGGAUCAUCUGUUGACAUCGCAGCGAUGAUGACGACGAAUAAGGGCUAUAAAAUUAUGGGCUGGGUUACGGCCCAAGAAGGUUGCUGGUUAAUGUUGAAGGGUGGUUUAUCCAAUGUUUCGGGCACGGCCCAGCUAUAUUUUGAGAGUCAAAACUCAAAAGUUGAUAUAUGGGUCGAUAGCGUCUCACUGCAACCAUUUACUAAGGAAGAGUGGAAAUCCCACCAAGAACAAAGCGUGAACAAGGUGCGAAAAUCAAAGGUGAAAUUUGUGGUGGUGGACCAAAAAAACCAACCCAUACCGAACGCCACAGUCUCCAUGAAGCAAAACUUUGCAACAUUUCCCUUUGGCUGUGCCAUCAAUAACAACAUACUCAAUAACCCAAAAUACCAAAACUGGUUUACAUCAAGAUUCAAACUCAGCGUCUUUGAAAACGAGCUGAAAUGGUACUCUACAGAAUACACUCGAGGACACGUGGACUACUCCACGUCAGAUGCGCUUCUUAAAUUCUGCGACUCCCACAACAUUUCUGUUCGUGGCCACAAUAUUCUCUGGGAUGUCAAAAAUGGUAACCCCAGUUGGGUACAAAGCCUUCCCCCGGACGCCUUGCGGAGGGCCGCAAACGACAGGACACGCUCGGUAGUCAGCAAGUACCGAGGUCGAUUUAGGCAAUGGGACGUUGUUAACGAAAAUAUUCACGGGAGCUUCUACGAGAAUGCGUUGGGAAGCAACGCUUCAGCGGUAUUCUAUGAAAUGACAAAUGAAAUCGAUCCGAAUGCUACGCUGUUUUUAAACGACUACAACACGAUCGAAGAGUGUCGAGAUGGUAGUUCAUCACCCUGGAAGUAUCUGCAGAAGAUUAAGGACUUUAGGGACUUUGGUUAUGAAGAUCUUUUGGGCAUCGGGCUCGAGGGUCAUUUCAGUUAUUUGAAUCUGCCGUAUAUAAGAGCGACAAUCGAUGUAGUUGCGGCUGCCAAGUUGCCUAUUUGGGUUACAGAGUUAGACGUUUCAGCAGGACCCAAUCAGGCAAGCUUCUUGGAUCAAAUUAUAAAUGAACUUUAUGCACAUCCCAAAAUGGAAGGGAUACUUCUUUGGUCAGCUUGGAAUCCACAUGGAUGCUACCAGAUGUGUUUAACAGACAAUAAUUUUAAGAAUUUGGCAACAGGAGAUGUUGUGGACAAUUUUAUUAGUUACUUGACUCACAAUGCAGAUUCACCGGGAAGUACAGAUUCCAACGGAAUUUACGAAAAAUCGUUGUUUCAUGGCGAAUAUGAAGUCACAGUUCAGCAUCCCAAUGGAGUUUCUAGCUCACGACAAAUUGAUGUCGUGCCGAGAGACGAAGCACAAGGACUGCAUGUACUUUCGAUUCAAAUAUAA